AAUAUUUGGUGAUUCACCAAUCUAGUCAGCCGUCGGUAUUCAACUACAUGAAGCGUCUAUAUAAUCAAGUGAUUUUACUAACGUACUAAGUUUUGCAAUAUUGAAAUACAUUUCAUGCUAAUUUUUAUACCGUAACAUUAGACUAUAUAUUUAUACUUAUUGUUCAGAGUACCCCAAAUAUUUGAGAGGCAUCAAAUCAUUUAAAGGAAACUACAAGUUAAUUAAUUAAAGAUGGGUAAGGAAGAUACUAACACAGAAGAUAAACAAAUUAAGAUCAAUAAAUGGGAUUACCUCGCUUUAAAAAAUACUCUCGAUGAUGCAGUGAAGGAAGUAUUGAUUACCAAGUAUAAUCAUGUUGAGGACUUUUCUUUGAUUGACUAUCGUUUGCUGAUAUGCACAUUUGCUGUGCUGGUUGCUGGAUUUGCACUUGGUUGGGAUUUCUUUAAUCCAUUCCCAAAAUCGCGUUUUGUUCUUACGGUAUGUGUCGCUUUAUAUUUCAUUACCAUGGGUGCAAUUACAUUAUAUACAACAUACAUGGAAAAAGGUAUAUUUGCCGUGACUUUAGAACGAGAUGAAACCGGUUUUAAUCCAGAUGUUGUUUGGGAAGCCAGCAGUUACAUUAAAAAACAUACUGGUAUGUAUUAUUUGACUAUGGUACGCAAAAAUGCUACUGGUUCAGAUAUCAGAGAACGUGAAAUAUCCAAAUCGGUUGCAAAUUAUUUUGAUGAAGAAGGAACGCUAUGUCAAGAUAUAGUGGAGAACGAAGUAACCAAAAUGAGAGAAGCUGUUUUGAAAUCGAAGAAAAUUGAAUAAUUUAUAUUAAAAUAAUAGAAGACUAUUAUGAUUAAAGUAAAUUCAGAAAAAUCAUUUUUAUUAUAAUUUAUUGUUCAUUAAUUUAGAUUGAUUAAGACAACUUGAUGAUUUUUGCAUUGUAUAUAUUCAUGUAUGUUAACUUAUAAAUUAUUCAAAUAUAUAUAAUAUGUCUAAUAAUAAUAA